AUGACUCACACGGGUGAGAGGCCUCACGUCUGCCAAGUGUGUUCGAUGAGUUUCAUUAAAAAAUCAGAUCUCACGAGGCACGAGAUGUCUCACACGGGUGAAAAGCCCCACACCUGCCAAGUAUGUUCGAUGAGUUUCGUUCAAAAAUCCGAUCUUACGAGGCACGAGAUGACUCACACGGAUGAGGGGCCCCACGCCGGCCAAGUGUGCUCUAAAAGAUUUGCUAAGAAGUUUAAUCUUAGGACACACGAGAAAACGCACACGGAUGAGAGGCCUCACGUCUGCCAAGUAUGUUCGAUGAGUUUCGUUAAAAAAUCAGAUCUUACGAGGCACGAGAUGUCUCACACGGGUGAGAAGCCCCACACCUGCCAAGAGUGUUCGAUAAGUUUCAUUAAAAAAUCAGAUCUUACAAGGCACGUGAUGACUCACACUAGUUAUAAACCCUACGCCUGCCAAGUGUGCUCUAAAAGAUUUUAUCAGAAGUAUCAUCUUAGGACACAUGAGAAAACUCACACGGGUGAGAGGCCCCACACCUGUCAAGGUGAGAGGCCUCACACCUGCCAAGUGUGUUCGAUGAGUUUCGUUAAAAAAUCAGAUCUUACG